AUGCAGUCUCUGGUCUAUCAGCAGUGUUCUGAUCUGCUCCAACACUGUGCUCUUAGCUCAGAGCUCAGAGCUGAUGAUGGGGAGAGGGGACGGAAGAAGGAAGAGGAGAGGGAGGAGAGAGAGGAGAGAGAGGAGAGGGAGGAGAGGAAGGAGAGAGAGGAGAGGGAGGAGAGGAAGGAGAGAGAGGAGAGAGAGGAGAGAGAGGAGAGAGAGGAGAGGGAGGAGAGGAAGGAGAGAGAGGAGAGGGAGGAGAGGAAGGAGAGAGAGGGGAGAGAGGAGAGGGAGGAGAAGGAGAGAGAGGAGAGAGAGGAGAGGGAAUGA